AUGUUUUCGUGGCAGGAGUUCACCGAACGGGAUGUGUCCUUGUUUACUGAAAAUGUGAUUCGAUCCUUGAUCAACACAAAGUACAACGUAAUCUGUCACAUUGAAGACUACACACCGCCACAAUUCGAUAGUUUUCUGCAAUUAUCUGCGUGUUACAACAUCGGAGAAAAAACUGAAGAUGAGGUUAUCAAUUCUGACGGUAUCCGAUGGUCGAAAAAGAAAGAUUCGCUGGGAUCUGAAAUGAAACCGCGGAAAAACACCAUCAGCGUUGAUGGAAGGACUUUUAGAAGAAUCAACUGUAGUUCGCCACCUCCUGCCACCAAUCUUUUCAAAAAGUACAUGGCUAUUGAAGAAGCAACAAAGCUCUGCUGGAUUUUAUUCUUGGGGUCCAGUCACGAUGUUAUCGACUACACUUCUUUGAAAGUUGCAAGAAAAAAAUUGUCGAAGGAAGAGGCAUUGAUGAUCAGGAAGAUGUUGGAGGGUCGCACAGUGUUGAUGGUAUAUCAAAUGCUCGGUGGAAAGUACUCGAAGCGUCAAAUCAAAAACCAGCAACGUAACGUUUUGACAACUGUGAAACUUAAUAGAGGACCGAGACCUGUCACAAAUCCCGCCGAUCUAUGCGAUCUCUCUCGAAUGUUUUCUCAUGCAUAUCACUCAUCGCAUCGCAACUCAAUCAGGUUUAUUUAUUUCAAUAAAUCGAUGCUUGGACUAUUCCUGAAAUCGUGCCCAACUUACACGGAAAUUACGACAUAUAGAAAUCGUAUGGAUGGAAUUGAAAACUGGAGAACUGCGGAUCUAAACAAACACUUGGCGGAUUGUAAGGUGUAUACCUGCGGAGGUAUUGACACUCGAGUGGCGUCUAUCAUCGAACUCGAUACAACUUUCGGUCUUUCCAACGGAUACAUCUCUGUCACUACUGGAUUUAUUCCAGUGUUCCGAACGCAUCAACAUACAAAGUCAUCUCCAUCGAAACUGCGCCAUGUAGUUUUGGGAUUUAUGUUCCAUUCGUCCAAACACAAGAGUCAUUUCGAAGAUUUUUCUGGCCGUCUGAACGAGAUUCUUCAGGAACUUGACCCGAAAAAAAUCAAAAAAAUUCCAGCUAUGAUCACUGAUGGAGAAGCAGCUUUUUCCGCUAUGAAAAAAGGCAUCCAUUUUAGUGACACCAUUUUCCUUCGAUGUGAUAUUCAUCGACGAAACAAUCUUGAAGAAAACGCCGGCACGAAAGUAACACAAGAUGAAAUUCGGGAGAUUUUUGGAAAUAAAAAUGGAAAUAAUGAUAUUAAAAGAGGAGUAUUCGGGGCGUUGAAUAUCAACGACAUGAAACGAUGAUUGGAAUGUGCUCACUUGGGAAUUAAACUGAAAAAUUGGAUUCGUGAGCGAAUAGAGAGCUUGUUUGAAUCAAACUCUUUGAAAGCAAAGCUGCUAAGUGGAAUGCUUGUCCAUAGAGUGACUACCAACAGUAUCGAGUGUGUGAAUGGUACCAUCAAGCUGUCAAUUACAAAACCAGAGUGCGGAUACACAGCUGUCCUGAAAUUGAUUCAGUUUAUUGAUGACGAAUUGAGAUCAAUGGUUAAUGCUGUAAUCACAGGUGAAGAUGAGACUGUGAUUUUUGAAGACUUCAACCCUUCUCUAAAAACAGCGUCGUUGAAAGAUCAAAUGAAAGCACUCAAUGUAUUGGGGAUCGACGCAGUGACAUCACUUCUGAAAAUUCCACCGAAUAUUCAGUCUUGUUUCAAUGAUAUCGACUUCACGUCCCUUCUAAAUCUUCGAGUAGUCAUACUCGUCCAUCAGACUCGGAAUUUCUUGUCCAAACAGCCGGUACAAAGGACUAUGUCACAGUUUCUCAUGAGGAAAACUUUCUCAAAUGCUGGACUUGUAAAAAAGUUCCAGACGUUUGCUCCCACGUCGUUGCUGCUCUAUUAUCGUUGGAUGAAUCCACCAGGGAUUUAUUUUAAAAAAUUCUUCUGGAUAAUUUAACAACCUUCACAGUUCUGAAAACGGAGAGAUUGAGGGAGACCAGAGGACAAGCCAGAAGAUUCAAGAGAAAAUUCACAAAAUUUUCCAAAGACAAUUAUGAUCGUCUGCCAAAUGGAUAUGCAAACGACACUGCGCUUACGGUCAACAACUCUUCAAAUUCUGCCAACAGCUGUGGUGAUUCCGAAUCAGACAUUUCUGAAUAUACGGAUAGUCGAAGAUUGAGGACGUCUGAAAAUUCUGACGAUGAAAACGAGGAGCCCCAAUCAGAUUACUCAAACAUCGACAACGUGGAAAAUGAAAAUUCAGCGCUGGUCACAUCCAAAGAUGAUGAGUUAUUCGAAUCCAGCAUGACUUCUUUUGACACUUCCACACAUUCACGCAGUUCAGGUAGAAAAAGAACGCAAACUCGUCCAUACUCUCCGACACCAGAUUCAGUAUCGAAGCCUUUGAUUCCAUCGGAGAAAUCACUACAUUUUUUUGGAUCAAUUCGCGUAAAGUUCCUUGUUUUAAGAAAUCCGAAUAACUGCGAUGUGGAAUUUGAAGCUGGAUAUGACAGAAGUUACAUCACAAUUAAACCGGAUUUUGGAAUACUGAAAGCCGGAAGUAGUGUCAAAGUAACGAUCACAAAGAGUUUUGGAAAUGAAAGUGAAUCAGAUUCGAUUCAGUUUUCUUCAAAUAAUCCGAAUUCUUCCUGUGGUAAGAGAGCCAAAGUAGAAUUCGUAUACGUUGAUCUAAAGUUUGAUAGAGUUCAAUAA